CACAGCUGGGUGAACUGCGGGUAUCCUGGGCGAGAAAUAGCUACCCUUUGGACAGGAGGAGAACGCUGUACCCACUCGGCCACCACACACCACACCAACAACAGCCUGCGAGGUGGCUGAGCUUCUGAGUGCUCUGACCACCAAAAUGGCGGCCCGCGCAGACCAGGACCGCGAGGCCGCCCACCUCCCCGCCCGCGCACGCCCAUCCCUGCCCACCCACGCCCAUAUCUCCCCGUCCUCCCUCAGCACUAUCCACGUCACGGAGAACCCCUUAGUUUCGUCCUCUAGCCACCACAAGUCCCUCAAGGCCAAAAAUGACCAUAAAUUACCAUCACUAUCCUCUACCACAACUACUUCUAACACCUCUGCUACCACCACCACCACCACUACUUCUAACACCUCCACUACCCCCACCACUAAUAACACCACCACCACCACCUCAGCUACCACCACCACCACCUCAGCUACCACCACCACCACCACUUCCAACGACACCUCCGACUCGAAGCCGCUCGUGUCCCAUACGACCCCGCAACCAGACCCGACCAAACCCGAUGUGACCCAGUGUGAACAAGGAAAGGCGUCAGCGGCGGUAGGGUGUGGCACUACCACUACUACGCCACCUAACUCUGACCCCCCACCCCCCUACCAGCUCCCCAGCGGCAAGGUCUCGUGCGCCAAAUGGACGAGCAGCGAGCCGGAGAGAGACACCUGGGGGAAGAAGGUUGAGUUCCUGUUGGCCGUGGUGGGGUUCGCCGUCGACCUUGGCAACGUGUGGCGUUUCCCUUACAUCUGCUACCAGAAUGGAGGAGGAGCGUUCUUGGUGCCCUACGGGAUCAUGUUGGUGUUUGGAGGUCUGCCGUUAUUCUUCAUGGAGUUGGCUCUUGGUCAGUACCACCGCAAUGGAUGUCUCACUAUCUGGCGCCGCAUCUGUCCCAUGCUUAAAGGUAUUGGGUAUGCCAUCUGCAUCAUCGACCUCUAUAUGGCCAUGUACUACAACACCAUCCUGGCCUGGAGUGUGUACUACUUGGUGGCCUCCUUCGGGAAUGAGCUGCCCUGGACCUCCUGUAACAACACGUGGAACACUGCCAACUGCACCCUCACAGCUAACGUCCACAACGCUACUGACAAGUCCCUUACUACUUCCCCAGCUAAGGAGUUUUUCAG